AUGGAAGAAUCAGGCGGGGAGCCGGGCUUCACGGAGUCAAGCCCACAGUCACCAAACUGCCCACCAUCGGCAAACGUACGCUUUCGCUUCGGCAGUCGAAGUAUCGAAGCUACCGGUUCCGCCUCGGAUUAUGAUCAUCCCCAUGUUCUGCGCCUCAAGAUUCAUCGAACACCACUUGAACGAGUUAUUCAGUCUUUGUUCUGGAUCGGUUCGAGAGCAGGUGGCGCCUGGCUACAAAACAGAUUCCCAGAGUGGUUCCUUCCAGAAAGGAUCGUCUUGAAGUCCCAGAAGAACCAUUGGGAAGACGAGUUUGACCAGGAAGUGGCGGCAUAUCACAAGUUGCAUCGCCUUCAAGGCAUUAUCAUCCCUCGGCUCUAUGGCUCGAUCGAAUAUAGUCACACUCGCGCCCUCAUUCUUUCAGACGUUGGGGGGUUCACUCUCGCAACACCACAAGGCGCAGUGCUGGACAAGCGGGAUCUUAAGCCCCUUUUGAAUCAUGCCCUGAAGUCCCUUACUGAAUUGGGCGUUUCCCACGAUGACACCAAACUCGACAAUUUUCUCCUCGUGUCUGAUGAGGGAAAGGAUAAAAUCAUGAUAGUGGAUUUGGAAUCGGCAAUUUUCGAGCUAUCCGAGGAAUAUCUUGCCUGGACAGCAAAGACCAAAACAAACUGGCUAAUGCGGCAGUAUCAGAAUCGUCUAGACUGGAUGGAGUAUGACGGCGUGCGUCUACCCAAGCGGCCCCUCAGAACGUAA